CUCCAAUCCCGCCGCCAUUGCUUCCUCGUCCUGAGAGACUUUCCCGGGCAGAGUUGCGGCUCCUGCCGGAGGUGCCGGUGGCCGGGUUUUAGGGAGCGAUGACAACGGUGCGGAGAGAGGCGUUCGGGCGGAUGCCCCUGGAGGAGGGAGGCGGAGAGGUGGAGAAGUUCGUCUUACAGUCGGACAGCGUGAGAGUGGAGAUCCUGUCUUUUGGAUGCAUCAUCAGCACUCUGGAGACAAAAGACAGGGAUGGGCAGUUUUCAGAUGUUGUCCUAGGAUUUGACACUUUAGAAGGUUACAUGAGGAAGCAUCCAUUCUUUGGUGCUGUCGUGGGCCGUGUUGCCAACAGGAUUGCGAACGGGAGGUUCAACCUGGAUGGGAAGCAGUAUCAGCUGUUCCUCAACAAUGGGCCCAACAGCCUGCAUGGAGGAGCCAAGGGAUUUGACAAGGUUCUCUGGAGCCCCCAGGUGCUCCCGAAUGGUGUCCGCUUCUUUCGGCUCAGCCCCGACAGCGAGGAAGGCUACCCUGGUGACCUGAAAGUCUGGGUGACAUACACCCUUAGUGGCAGGGAGCUGGCCAUCAACUACCAGGCACAGACCAGCAAGACAACCCCCAUCAGCCUGACAAACCAUGCGUACUUCAAUCUGGCAGGGCAGGGCUCCAGGCAUGUCUAUGACCACGAGAUCGCCAUUGAAGCAGAUUCCUAUCUGCCUGUGGACGACACCAAGAUCCCUACUGGGGAGGUGGCUGCUGUGCAGGGCACUGGAUUUGAUCUCCGGCAGCCGGUGGAGCUGGGCAAGCACUUGCAAAAGUUUCACCUGGAUGGCUUCGACCACAACUUCUGCCUGCAUCAGGGGCAGGAUCGACGCCUCGUGGCCAGGGUUUUCCACCCACCCACUGGCAGGACCAUGGAGGUUCACACCACCCAGCCUGGCAUUCAGUUUUACACCGGGAACAACCUGGAUGGCUCCCUGAAGGGCAAAGGUGCUGCCGUGUACCCCAAGCAUUCGGCUUUCUGCCUAGAAACCCAGAACUGGCCCGAUGCUGUUAACAAGCCUCACUUCCCCAAUGUCCUGCUGCAUCCGGGUGAGGAAUACAACCAUACCACAUGGCUCGUGUUCAACACUGCUUGAGGAGAAGGGCUGCUGACUCCCACCACUGAGAGGGGACUUGCACUUCGCUGAGGGCUUCCUGAUGGUGAACGGCUGAAAGGAAAAGAAUCCACAAUUAACAUUUCAGUAGCUGCUUAGGAAUCAAAAAUACAGGAAAAAGCAGCAGGAGUAUACGCAGACUCCGGUUCCCUUUAAGCACUCUUUUUAAAUAAAAUAACCAAUCACUAUUGACAAAAGUUAACAGGUUGAUGAUCUGGAGAUAACACUUUUCUUCUUUACUGUUAUUUUUUAAGUGAGAUCACUGUAAGGCCAUCUAAAGGAUAUUACUUAUAGUGGCCUCCAAAGGGGAAAGAUACUUCUUCUGUUAUGCUGUUCUGAUACAGCAGCUUGUCAAAACCUAUUUGGUGAUCACUCAGCGUUUAUGAGGACUUACUUAUGCCCUUGUGAUUGUUUGACACCAAAGUUGUAAAAAUGAACUAUUAAAGAAUUCUACUUAGGGAAAAAA